AAGAAACAUCUGAGAUUUCUGGUCAGGUCACCCGCUUCCACAUGCCCACUCUAGUGGGAUGGUUGUGGUUUACUGGCUCUUUUCAUAUAUUGUUGACAAAAAGAAGUCUAUGAAACUCUCGCGAUGUUUGCGGGCGCAGCGUUGAUCUCCAUACAGAGCGGACGGAGCGUCCUGUGUGAUCUGUGGAGCAUCCUUACCGUUAGGUAUCAGCUCUUUGAAUCCAGGUCAGCCGCUGUCCGGCUGGCGCUUCCUGUGUUUACCUCCUCGGCAUGUCCUCUUCGCUCCCCUCGCACAGACGCGAUGUCGUGGAUUAGAGGACGUGUUUUCUGGAUUUGUCCUCUGACAAGCCAUGCCAGCUGUAGAUCUUCCCCACCAGGUCUCCGGAUGAGGCGCUAGCCGAACUCCUUCGACAGGCUCCUUCCUCUCCAUGAUGGCGAUGUUCCGGAGCUUCGUGUCGGCCGGCGCGCAGCUCCGCCAGCAGCAGCACUUCGGCGGUGGUGGCGGCGGCUCGGGCCCGCUGGGCGCCCCGGGAGACAGCAUCGAGAGCCAGUUCUCCUGCCCCAUCUGCCUGGAGGUCUACCACAAGCCCGUCAGCGUCGCCGGUUGCGGACACACGUUCUGUGGGGAGUGUCUGCAGCCGUGCCUUCAGGUCAGCUCGCCCCUCUGCCCCCUCUGUCGCGUCUCCUUCGACCCCAAGAAGGUGGAGCGCUCGUCCAGCGUGGAGAAGCAGCUGUCCUCCUUCAAAGCUCCCUGCAGAGGCUGCUGCAAGAAGGUGUCCCUCAUGAAGAUGAGGGCCCACAUCUCCUCCUGCUCCAAGGUGCAAGAGCAGAUUGCCAACUGUCCCAAGUUUGUCCCCGUGUUGCCAACGUCUCAGCCCAUACCCAGCAAUAUUCCAAACCGGUCCACAUUUGUGUGUCCAUUCUGUGGUGCCAGGAACCUGGACCAGCAGGAACUGGUGAAGCACUGUAUGGAAAACCACCGCAACGAUCCCAGCAAAGUGGUGUGUCCGGUGUGCUCGGCCAUGCCCUGGGGGGACCCCUCCUACAAGAGCUCCAACUUCCUGCAGCACCUCCUGCACAGACACAAGUUCUCGUAUGACACCUUUGUUGACUACAGCAUCGAUGAGGAGGCGGCCCUGCAGGCGGCGCUGGCUCUGUCUCUGGCUGAAAACUGACCCUCAGACUCUGGCCAUCUCUGACCCCCCCCAGCAAUGGCACUCGGGACUGCAGCUGGACUUGUGUGGACCCCCCCUGACUUUGAUGGCUUUCACUGCUUCUUUCGGACUCCUCAUAGAGGGCGGAGCCUCAUGAAGCAGACGGAUGCUGGAAGCAGCUGUUCCAGUUUAGACACAGCAUGCCCCCCCCUUAAGAUUUAAAAGCUCCCUUUCCUCACAUACCUCGACCCCACCCCAGAAAAAGCUCCAAUUUUCUUUUUGAGGCACAAAGAAAAGUCAAACCUUGUAAAUGGCAUUCUUGUGAAGAUGACUCGUUGUCUUUGUUUUUGUUGAUUUUGUUGCUUCCUGAUCCAGAAGAGGAAUCUGUGUGUGUGGGGGGGGUCCUUUGGGGGAGGGAAGGACUCCUGCUGUUCUGAACAGCAGUCUUUUGUUUUUUACCGUCUUGUUUUUACCUUCACUCUUAUUUGUGGAUGACUCUUGUAAACAUGUCAAUAAAGGAUUCUGCCUCAA